UGCAAACCAUGGGGAGGCGGCAGGUGAGACCUUCCUGCCCAGCUUUCCGACUCCGAGAAGUGGCUUCCAUGUAUUUCACUAUGCUUGCUGUCUUCCUGGUCAUCUUGGUGGUCGCCCUGCAAGGUACUGAUCCGAGAGAGAACUAUUUCCCGUACAAAGUCCCUCUGGAUCCUCAAGGGGUCUUGGAGCUCUCCUGGAACGUCAGCUACCACCAGGAAGAGGUGCAUUUCCAGAUUUUGGUCAAGAAACUGAAAUAUGGGCUGCUCUUUGGGAUGUCAGAUCGAGGAGACUUUGAGAAUGCAGAUCUGGCCGUCCUCUGGAGUGAUGGAGCCCAGUCUUAUUUUGCGGAUGCUUGGAGCGAUCGCUAUGGACAACUGCACAUGGACACCCAGCAAAGCUACAAGCUCCUUCAAGCACAGAAGAGCACAGAGGGACUCUACCUGCUCUUUAAAAGGCCCUUUGACACCUGUGACCCAAAGGACUACCUAAUAGAGGAUGGUACUGUGCAUCUUAUCUAUGGGAUUCUGGAGAAGCCAGUCCCUUCCCUCCAAGCGAUCAAUGUUUCCGCUCUCCGUCAGAAAGGAGUGCAAAGGGUACAGCUGCUGAAACCAGACGUCGGCAUUCCCUCCCUACCUGGCGACCUGAAGACCAUGGUGAUAAGAGCUCCUAAUGUGAGCAUACCCAGCCAGGAGACAACAUACUGGUGCUACAUGACAGAGCUUCCAGAUGGCUUUGGAAAGCAUCACAUUGUCAUGUAUGAGCCGGUUAUCACAAAAGGGAACGAAGCCAUAGUCCACCACAUGGAGGUCUUCCAGUGUGCCCCACAGUUUGAGACCUUCCCCAAUUACAGUGGACCAUGCGAUUCUAAGAUGAAGCCAGAACGGUUGAACUACUGCAGGCAUGUGCUGGCUGCCUGGGCAAUGGGCGCACAGGCUUUUUACUACCCAGAAGAUGCAGGACUCGCUUUCGGAGGCCCUGGAACCUCCAGAUAUCUGCGCCUAGAAGUUCACUACCACAACCCACUGGAGCUCAAAGGCCACUAUGAUUCCUCAGGGAUCCGCCUCUUUUACACUGCCACUCUUCGGCCUUUUGAUGCUGGUAUCAUGGAGCUUGGCUUGGUAUACACACCGGUGAUGGCAAUUCCACCACGUGAAAGCCAUUUUUACCUGACAGGAUACUGCACUGAUAAAUGCACCCAGGUGGCAUUGCCCCCCACCGGGAUCCACAUUUUCGCAUCUCAGCUUCACACUCACCUGACCGGAAGAAGCGUGGUGACCAUCUUAUCACGAGAAGGGAAGGAGCAGGAGAUUGUAAACAUAGACAGACACUACAGCCCUCAUUUCCAGGAGAUCCGCAUGUUAAAGAAAGUGGUGUCUGUGUUCCCGGGCGAUGUACUGAGAACCACCUGCAUGUACAACACCGAAGAUCGGACUAAAGCAACUGUGGGAGGUUUUGGAAUCACAGAAGAGAUGUGUGUGAACUAUAUCCAUUACUAUCCCCAGACAGAGUUGGAGCUGUGCAAGAGUGCAAUAGAUUUGGGCUACCUGCGCCGCUAUUUCAAGCUUGUGAACAGGUUUAAUGAUGACGAUGUCUGCACAUGCCCAGAAACCUCUGUCACGCAGCAGUUUGCCUCGGUUCCUUGGAAUUCUUUCAGCAGAGAUGUCUUGAAAUCCUUGUACGACUUUGCGCCCAUUUCCAUGCAUUGCAAUAAAUCUUCAGCAGUCCGUUUCCCGGGUGAAUGGGAGAAGCAGCCCUUGCCAACGAUUACAGAGGUGCUUCCAGAGCCAACCUCAUCCUGUGAACAUAGCAGCAGACCCCACUUUCCCACGUCUCCAACUGUUGUUAAACUUGACAAAGCAGCCAAAAAAUAA